AUGGCGAAGCCCAAGCUACGAAAGUUUGCAUUACUAAUAGUGUCUACUGUGCACAUGGUUACUGUGCUGGACCUCGUGAAUUCGUCCAAAGCCAGCCCGCCAACUCAGCUGCUGCUGGACUGCUUUAACGGAGGCCCGAAUGGCAUAGAGCCACUUCCCCCGCCAGCGGACUUCCAUGAUUUCCUGGAUGGGGUGCCCGUCAACUUGCGCUUGGAACGUGUAUGGUGGUCUCGUAAGCAGUCUCAGCUACCUCUGACAAUCUUCACUAUGGCCACUCUGGACCGACUGCCGCUGUUGGAGGCGCAGUGCCACAGUUACCCGGGGCCCCUCUCCGCAGCCCUCUACAUGCCUUUGCUGCUACCGCCUUCUCCGGACUCCGUGGCUCGUAGAGGCAACGGCAGGCGGCAGGCUGCAGCGGCGGGUCGUCAUAGCGGCCGCAGUAGCAGCACAACAGCAUAUGCACAGGAGGUCACGGCCGCGCAGCACCGCAACGGCCAGCUGCUGGCGGAGGCGCUCAGUAAGCUGCAGGCGGCCGUCUCCCGGCUGGAGUCCUCCCCCGCUGCGUGUUCACUGGUACUGGCCCUGUACACGGAGCGACUAGCGGACCCCGCCCUGGCUGCCCUCAUGCCUACAAACGCACUGCGCAAUGCCGCGCUGCUGCCGGUGCGCACCCCCCUGGCGGCCAUGGUGGAUGCGGACCUGUCGGUUAGCAGGAGCCUAGGGCAGCUGGCGGCCAAUAGCAGCAGGGUUUCGGAGCUUCUGGAGGGCGCUCGGGACCAUCGGGUGUUGUGGGUGCUUCCGGCUUGGGAGACACGUCGAGGGCUGGACGACCACACAGCCAAGGUGGUAGUUGACUCGGCACUGGCAGACGCUGCGUUCUCUGCGGAGGCGGCAGCCGGGCCCCUGCACCCCUUCGACGUGUAUGACUUUGCCGGAGGACAUGGACCCACCGACUACGAGCGCUUCUUCGCAGCGGAUGUGCCGUAUCCAGUGCCAUACUCGGAAGGUUACGAGCCCUGGUUCGUAACUGCGAGGACGCUGUACCGUCACGAAGGGGGGGGGCCCUCGCAGGACAUCGAUUACUUGUCGGAGCUGAUGGUGCGCCGUUUCCUACCGCGCACCAAGUUCCAGCACUACGUGCUCCGGGUGCGGAACCUGGAGUACCGGGAGCGGCGCAUUUUGGCGCGCCACGCAACCGCCUUCAAACCGCAGCUGGGCGCGGCAGCAGCGCGCUGCCGGGCGGUGCUGCCUUGGUGGCGACGAGGGCACGACCAAGGCGAGGUCUGA